CUAUUUUCAAUGCUCUAGCAAUACUGUAACUACAGCGCCAUGUUAAUAAAUCUCAUUCAAUUGAACAAUCUGUGGAACUUCAAAGAGAAACGUGUUUCUAGUCGAAUGUUUAGCGGUGUGACACACGGCUUUCACGUGGGACGCAGUGCAGGGAUGCCUAAAAAAGGCAGAGCAGCAGUAAUCGGUCCCGUGAAGAAGGAUGAGGACGUGGGAGUGGCUGCUAAAUACAGAAAGACGGACACCUCCGGCCCUGCAUGUCCGCUGUGCUUCGACUCUCCUGCCAGCCUCUUCCAGAGUCUGAUCUCACCCAUGACUGUGGACGAGUUCUUCCGUGAGUACUGGGAGAAGAAACCAUUGCUGCUGCAGAGAUCAGACCCAACACUCGUGUCUUACUACCAGUCCCUGUUUCAGCUGUCGGAUCUUAAACAACUGUGUGCCCAGGGCCUGGAGUAUGGCAGAGAUCUGAACAUUUUGCGCUGUGUAAAUGGCAACAAGUUGGUGAUGAACAACGAAGGGCGAGUGAAAUACAGCCAGCUGAGAAAAGAUUUUAAUCAGAACAAAGCUACCAUUCAGUUCCACCAGCCACAGAGGUUUAAGGAUGAGCUGUGGCAUAUCCAGGAGCGUUUGGAAUGUUUCUUCGGGUCACUGGUUGGAUCCAACGUCUACAUUACACCUGAGAAUUCUCAGGGUCUGCCGCCUCACUAUGAUGACGUGGAGGUGUUUAUUCUGCAGUUGGAGGGUGAGAAGCACUGGCGCCUGUACAAGCCAACUGUCCCGCUGGCUCGUGAGUACAGCACAGAGCCUGAGGAGCGCAUCGGAAAGCCCACUCAUGACAUCAUCCUCAAGGCAGGUGACCUGCUUUACUUUCCCAGAGGAACCAUUCACCAAGCAGACACACCUGCAGGAGUGGAGCACUCCACACACCUCACUCUCAGCACAUAUCAAAUCAUGUCAUGGGGGGACUUGGUGUUGGACGUCUUCCCUGGUUUGAUGAUGGACUCUAUAAAGAAUGACGGCAGCUUGCGUCAAGGUUUACCCAGAAACCUCCUUACUACUGCACACAUGGGUACUGAGGUAAAGAAGCAGGUGUGUACGAUACUGAGGAGUCUAGCUGAGCGACUGGAGCAGGAUGAACAGGAUCUGCGUUCCUCCGAGAUGAGGAAAGACUUCAUCUCUAACAGACUCCCACCUUACCACUUGCAGGAGGAGGACCUCGCUCCAGUUGGAAAGCUGCCAACGCUGGAGGACGUGGUGUGUGUUAGAUUCAGAGAGCACAUUGUUCUGACCCUGGAGCCCAGUCCAGACAAUACAGAUGAAGCUAUGAAGUUGGCUGCAUUUGUGCUGCACUCACUGAGGAACAAAAGGGAGACACACAUGAUGGGGUCUCGGGAUCUCCAUGAAGAGGAAGAGGAAGAUGAUGACGACGACGAUGAGGAGGAGGAGGAGGAAGAGAAGACAGUACAGGGUCUGGACUUCCCCAUGUCGCACCUCCCUGCUCUACAGCAGCUCCUGAAUGGGGAGCGACUCCAUGUGGCCGAUCUGCCACUGCAGCAGGACGCUGAUAAACUGGGCCUGGUGCUGGGACUCUGGACACAGGGUUUGCUGCAGGAGAUUUUUGGAUACAACGCCACACACUACCGACAUUCACCAACAUCGGUGAUUCAGGUAAAAAGACCUCCUCCUGGCUUGCUAUCGUCAUCUUUUUCGGUAUGUACGUUAAGUACCUAUAGUUAAUUGCAACUAUGAAUA